GAUCACCCAGAGAGGUUUGACUCCUGGAGACAGAUCCUGUGUAGUGAUGGUCUGACUGGUCGCUGCUACUGGGAGAUCAAGUGGGAGGGAAAGGUUUAUAUGGGAGUGACUUACAAAGGAAUCAGCAGGAAAGGAGACAAUUAUGACUCUGUUCUUGGAUAUAAUGACAAGUCCUGGACUCUGACCUGCUAUGAUGGUGGUUUCUAUGCGUGGCACAACAACAAAUAUACAGCCAUUCCUGCCCCCCCCUCUAACAGAGUGGCAGUGUAUCUGGACUGGCCUGCUGGCUCUCUGUCCUUCUACAGCGUCUCCUCUGACACACUGAUCCACCUCCACACCUUCAACAACACCUUCACUGAGCCUCUGUACCCGGGGUUCAGGAUUUGGGAAUAUGGCUCCACAGUGUCUCUGUGUGACAUUUGAGGAGUGAAAGUCGCCUCCUGUGUGGAGAAACACUCACACUGCUGAUCAAAGACAUCUGCUUUGAUAUGAUAGCUCUCCACACGGUCAAAAAGCCUGAAAUAACAGACAGCGAUGAUAGACUGAGUGACAGACUCAGGAGGCCACAAAAGCAGCCAAAAAGGAAGUGAGACAGCCACACAGGCCACAGUGCACACAUAGACCCCAGUACACACACAGGCCUCAGCACUGGAGAAGGCCACAUUACAGCCCAGACAAGACAGAGAGAGUUCCUCAAAAUCCAAAGCACAAGAACAUCGAGGAAAACACAGAAUCCCCACAACCCCAUUCGACCACUGAGGAUCCAGAAAGCAGUGGAAAACCAGAACUGCUCAUCGAAUACGACACCAACAUGUCACCAGUUCCCAAGUUAUCAUGUCCAGCAGGAGAAACAAGCCCACAGAGGAAAACACCCAGAGAACACCAAGUCCAGCCUGGGAGACAACGCCCCAGGAGGAAACUCACCAAGAGGAUAACAGUCAGAGGAGACAAUGGAGGUUAAAUAGAAAUGUGAGUAAAUAGAGUCACAGUUAAACAGAGAUAAGUAUCCCACUAACAUGUAACAACAGAAUGUAGGACUAACAUGUUGAGAAUAAUCACAAAAUCUAAUGUUGAUUAUUAUACCAGUGAUGAAGUGACUACAAUGAAUAUUCAUAAUGAAUGUAACCUUGGUUGUAUGAUUGCAUUUGAUUGAUCAAUAUGUGUUUAUGGAAAAUAACAAUAAAGAGUCUAAUAUUGAUUGUUUUACAAAAUAAUCAUUUACAUUCAGUGUCCACUUCAUCAACUCCACCUGUACUAAUCCAAUCCAGCUGUUGUGCCAUAAAGUUUGCACUCCUGCUGCCUAUAAUGCUCAGCUUGUCUUGUUGUCACGGUAACAGAGGUGUUCAUUCACUUCUAUGUUUGGCAU